UUCCGGACUACCAUUACCUCCUUUGCCCAGACGCACCUUAAACCUCUGCUACCGCAACUCUACCAAGGCCCAGAUUUACACCCACCCCACUCCACCAACAUGGCCUCCAAGUCCUUCUACGCCGUUGUCGCCGGCGUCGGCGCCGGCACCGGCCGCUCCGUGGCCCUGCGCUUCGCACGUGCCUAUCCGGUGGUGCUGUUGGCGCGCAACUCCGAGAGCUACGCCGACAUUGUGGCCGAGAUCCGGCAGCAGGGCGGCGAGGCUCUGGGCAUCAGCACCGACACGGCCGAUCCGCAGUCGGUAGCGUCGGCGUUCGAGACAAUCAAGAAGGAGUUUGCCGCGGGGAGGAAGCUCGCUGCGGCGAUCUAUAAUGUCGGCGCCGGGUUCGCCAUCAAGCCGUUCCUGGAGGUGUCUGCUUCCGACCUAGACGCCAGUCUAGCCAGCAACGCCCGGGGCCUGUUCAACUUCGCGCAGGCGACGCUGCCGUCGCUGCUGGACGCGGUGCCGACCAGCCCGCACCCGCCGUCGCUGAUCAUCACGGGCGCGACGGCGUCGGUGCGCGGCUCGGCCCGCUUCGGCACCUUCGCGGCCGGCAAGUUCGCCGUCCGCGCUCUGGGCCAGAGCCUGGCGCGCGAGUUCGGCCCGCGCGGCGUCCACGUCGCCCACGUCAUCGUCGACGGCGUCAUCGACAUCCCCCGGACCAAGGGGUACACCGUCAACGAGGGCAAGGAGGACGGCAAGAUCAGCCCUGACGCGAUCGCCGAGAGUUACUGGCAUUUGCACACGCAGCAUCGGUCCAGCUUUACGCAAGAGCUCGAUCUGAGGCCGUAUGUUGAGAAGUUUUGAGGAGCAAGCUGCGUUGGCGGUAGUCAUGAUGGUUGCGAUUCUGUUAGCGGUAAGAAUGGCAGUCAGGUGAAUUUGCCUACUUGAACAGGGCAUCCUUAGACGCGCGCCAAUUCGCAGAGGUAUGGACGACAUUAUCGGGCCUACAGCCAAUCUCCGAAAUCGAGAUAUAUUUGGUCGUGAUCCCUAUAUAACCGAUUGUGUCGUCCUUCGUUGCCGCGAAUCAACUUUCUUGCAUGGCUUGAUACC